AAUCGACACCAAUCGGGGGUGGGCAGCCUGUUACGUGAAUCUAUUUAUCUCUCCCCGCCGUAGCUCGCCGCUUUUCCAUCGAUGCGGUACUGGCAAGCUCCCUAAAGGUUCUCUCAGAGAGUCUCAUCGAGCGUCGUCCAGGCUGUAGCGCAUCGGUGUGCUCGUGAAGAGGACGAUGAAGCCAUCGCCGCGCGCCGCCGCCGCGGCCUGCCUCCUGGCGUCGUGCGGCGCCGAGACACUAAUGAAGUACGUGCUCGUGCCGGGAUUCGACUCCGACGACGCGCCCAUGUUUGCAAGAUGGGGCGUGCCGCUGUCCUGGGAUUCUUCAUUAAAUGAGACCGAGCUCCAGACGCACGCCCGCGACUUCGCCACCAAAUACAGUUUGCGCCAGACGCACGCCUGCGGGAACGAUGUCAAUUGCAUCACGGCCGCGUUGGCGGAGCGCAUGGCCGCGGCGACCGCCUCCUGUGAUGCGGACUGGCCCGAGCGGCUUGCUGAUGUCGUGCAGCGCUUGUCAAAGGCGAGCGCCGGCUACGAGCCUUUCGGUGAUAUAGCUAUCGUACUGUCCGGCUCGACGAACAAGCUCGCGAGUACGCUCGAAUCGCUCUACGAGCGUGUCGUUCGGCCCUCAGGAGCGAUGGUUUUCGCGGUGUUGAGCGGCGGUCAAGUUUUACCAGAAAGCACAAAAAAAGCCUUCGAAGCGCUGCCCUUCGUCGGCGCUGUGGAAUUCGCGGGGAAUGACACCGACGCCGUGCGGCGCGACCACGCGGAGCACUACCCCUAUCCGGCGCGACGGAAGAAGGAGCCCGAGCCGCACGUGAAUUUGCUAUACAUGUGGAAGGGCAUUCGAGACGCGAAUGCGCUGCGCGAGGCGUAUGAGGAGGCGACCGGGACGACAUUCAAGGUCGCCGCGCGCGUCCGGACGGACAUGGAGUUCGACCGCGACCACAACCUCGAGAGAUAUUUAGAUCUACAAAAAUUCGCGCUCUACGUGCCGCGCUGCGGCCACGCCAUCGUGAACAGUGCGGCGUUCCUCACGUGGCCGCCGGGCUAUCGGGGCGUGAACGACCAGUUCUUCGUGGCGCAGGGUGCGACGUUCGGGCGCGUCGCGCGCCUCUACGAGUACAUUCCCUCGCUGUACAAAGAUGCGCAGUGCACCUUUCACCCCGAACAUCUGUUGGGCUACGCGGCCGUGGCGGCCCUGCGGCUCGAGUUGCGCUACUACGAGGCGCCGCCGCCGGACCCCGUGGCCAUUCCCGAGCCGGUGCCCGGCUUCGCGUCGGCUUCCGGAAGGGAGGAGGCGCCCUGCGACUUCGCGGCGGCGGGCUACCACAUCCGGCGGCAUUCGGAGCGGGAGGGGGCGUGGUUGUGAGUUUUUUAGUUUGAAGUUUUAUCAUUGAGCUGUCUA